UGGCCCCUGGGGAUUUCCCCACUCACAGUAAGAUUUCCCCACUCAAGUAUGUCCAAAAAGGGAGGACCGACAGCUUCUCUUCUAAAGGACGCCCCAUGGUGGCUGGGCGGCACCGUCUGCAAAGCCCAUCCCCAAAAUUGACCAUUCCCCGGCGGUCCUUCCCCCAAACUGCUACUUCUACUUAAGCCACUCCGUCAUGAAGGUUUCUUAGCUUUGUUUGCAGCAUCUGAAUCUGAUAGGAAGUGGGUUGGCAAUGAAAGCCAUGUUAGAAGCAGCAGGACCAGAGUGCGUUCUCCCCUUACAAGUUACACCCAUCAAAUUACUAGAUUUCUGUGGGCACCUAUGAGUGGAAAUUGCCAGAUGCUAAAUGCAGCUCUCCGAUGUUUGCAGUAGGACUUCAGGGCUAAAAAUAACUUCAUCUUGUUAAGGCCCUGGGUUGUGGUUGAAUUCAAGGAAGGGAGUAUCUACUACAACCUCAAGGAUGGUGGUUGUUGUGGGGUAUUGGAAUGGCCUAUAGAUGUUAAUCUAAAAUUUGUUGUAACCAGUUGUACGAGAACUCGUCACUUGGAAGCUCAUGGAUGAUGCUGUCAACCUCGUGAACAAAUCAUUUAUUGAUCGCUUGUAGCAAUUGGUUUAAGAGGGCAUGUUUUUGUACAAUUUGUUGCAAUGAGAAGAAGAGAGGGCUUGCCAAGCAAUGUAAACCUUAAAUAAGACCUCUCAAAUAUGUUGUGGGCAAGAAGCGGCAGGAUUUAUAUUGGAUGGAAAUAUUAAAAUUCAAAAGAUAUACCUAUUCUCCAAUGUUCUCUUGGCUAUAUUACUCGCAGGAUUUUUUUCCCAUUUAGAUAUUUUUAAGGAUGUUCACUAUUCUUUUUUUUUCAACAACUGUGAAAGCCUUAGAAAGUAUUUUGAUCAGUUUUUUAGGAUUAUCCUCUGCUUUCAUAGUUGUGUAAAGUGUUGUAAAUCAUUUUUCAAGAUCCUUUAUGCUAGGCAUUUGGUAAAGAUGUACAAUUCUAGUUAUUACAGAGCAUUCGAUCUCAUAGUCCCCAACACGUUCAAGACUCAACACGUUCUACAUCAGGAGACAGUUGUUGCAGCAAUAGUAGGGGGUAGCAUUGAGAGUUCCUAAACUAUGUUCCAUGGCCCAAGGCUCAGUACAUGAGUGGGCGGACAGAGCCUGUCUCACCUCUUGUCAAAGAGCAUGUCUUGCUGCUGACUGCUCGAGUCCGUAUCAUUUCCACCCAAAUGAAAUCUCCAGAGAAGAUCUGGAUGAUAAAGUAUAAACACUAUCCCUAUCCUGUCGGUUUUUUCUUUAUUUUAUGUUCAAGGGAUUUUGUACUCCUGGCAUUUAACAAUUUGCCGUGGAAAAACCCAUGUAUAGAGUUCCAAUAAUAGUAGUUGCUGUAGUAGAAGUGAAGGACAACCUUUGCACAUAUAAAGUAACAGUGCCAAAAAAAGGUGAUGCAGAAAGGGAGAUAGAAGUAGAACUACAUGGAUCCUAACGCAAUGAAAUCGUGUCAAAACUCAUACAUGGCCCUAAUCAAGACGUCAAGGACUAUGAAUAUUUAAGCCAAUGGUGGAGUUGCCACAAACUAGUGUUGUCCACCAAUAUUGCCAUGAAAUGUUUUCUGGUCACAUUCUCUUUUCUUCUUUUCCUAUACUUUUUGCCAUCCUGUUCUUCAUAUAAAAAGACCCCCAAACUUCUCUUUGUAUGUUGCAAACAACAAUGGCUUAUCAAGUAGCCAUGCAAGGAGGGAGAUUGCGCAAAGGGCCUUGGGUUGAAGAAGAAGAUGAGCGGCUCACGACCUUUGUCUCCCUUAUGGGGGAACGGAGGUGGGAUUCCAUUGCCAGAGCAUCAGGUCUACAAAGAAGUGGUAAAAGCUGCAGGUUGCGGUGGAUGAACUAUCUCCGUCCUGAUCUUAAGCAUGGUCAACUAAGCAUUGAUGAAGAGCGGAUCAUUCUUCAACUUCAUGAGUUAUGGGGUAACAAGUGGUCGAAGAUUGCCCGAAGGUUGCCGGGAAGAACUGACAAUGAGAUCAAGAAUUACUGGAGGACACAUUUAAGGAAGAGAACACAAUUGGCUCAAGAAGAAAGGAACUUUCAUUCUAAAAUAAACAAUGCUGAACAAGACUUCUUCUUUCAUGAACAAGGUGGCAUGACUACUGUAAGAUAUCAGUGUGGAAACAAGGGCUCUGUUGAUAAGGACUCGUGGGGUACCAUGAACGAUAUCUCCUCCGAUGCACUCGGGUUCUCGGACCUUCAAUUUACUUGUUCUCCAUAUGAAACCCGCUUAUCAGAUUGGAUGUCAGGACUUUCAGAUGAUCAAAGCAAAAUAAAGCAUCAGGAAGACUGUAAUACUAUAGAAUCAUGUUGCUGUUAUCUUGCUUGGAUUUCAGACAAUUCAAAUACAUGGGACUACUCAGGUUCCCUGUGGGACAUGGAUUAAGCUGACAGUUAAUGUAAA